UGUGAUUGGUCACAGCAGGUCACAUGGUACAAGGCUGUUGUGAAUAGCCUUGUACCAUGUGACCUCUGUGAUCAUUCACAGAUUUCACACAUAGUAAGCAAUGAUGUCACAAGUGACAUCUUGCUUACUACUUUGCAUGUAAUCACUGAUUUGCCAAUCAGUGUUCACAUGAUCGGGACCUCGUACAGAGAUCCCGUCCGACGAUCAGUGUUUCACUGUGUCCGGAGGACACAGUGGGCACCGCUUCGUGGUGCUGCGCGCUCCCUGGGAGCGCGCACAGUCCAAAAUGGCGGGUGCCGUUUAUGAAUGGCAACCCACGCCUGGAGUGCCACCGUCCUGCCAUUUAUAAACAGUAGGCGGACGGCAAGUGGUUAAGAUUUGAUAUGUUUAUCAA